AUGCAAUUGACUCAACUCUUAGCAUCCCUUGCAUUCAUCUCCGCGACUGCUUCUCGCGUAUUGGCUUUGGGACCCACAUUUAAAAAUAUUAAACAGACAGUUACCGAAACAGAAACUCAAACUAUAAAUGAUACUAUUAUUAAGACCAAGGUUCUUGGCACUGAAACUUUGACUGAAACACAAGUUUACACUACCGAGGUCAUAUUGAUUGAAACUACUACUGAUUUUGUCACUGUUGAAACACCAACCACUAUCACGUAUAGUGUAUGCAAUGAUGAAAAUCAAUGCGAGGGUACUACUUUUACUUUUACUGAAGCUACAACUGUGGAACUCCCUGGUUCUGUAGUCACUGUGACUCUUCCUGUGACUUUCCCUGUUACCGAAACCGUUACUGAAUUUACUACUUUUUGUCCAGAACCAACAACAAUCACGGUGGUUACUUGUGAUGAAGAGGCUAUAUGUGGUCCAACUACUAUUUCUGUUGAUGUGCCUACUACUGUAACUCUCACUGGAACCAUUAUUGUUAGCACUCCUGAAGGAACUGCUCCUUCUGUCAUUGUGACUCCAACUCCACCUAUUCCCUUUGCUCCAACUACACUUGUUGCUACUCCUUCACCUGCUCCACCUGGUGAAGUGCCACCUGCAGCACCACUGGCUGAAACUCCACCAGAAGUGGCACCACCUGGAGUAGCACCACCAGAAGUAGCACCACCAGCUGUUGUACCUCCGGAGGGAAUACCUCCAGCAGGGGCUCCACCCUCUGAAGUCCCACCUACUGCAGUUCCUCCUGGGGAAGUUCCACCAGCUGUAGCACCUCCAGUUGCAGUUCCACCCGCACAGGGUCCAUCUGCUGAAGCUCCUCCUGGAGUGGUUCCGCCAGCAACUGAAGUUGUUCCUCCAACAGCUCCAACAGAAGAGGCACCUCCCACUGAAGCUACACCUACUGAAGUUUCAUCAACAGAAGCCCCUGAAGCCCCUGAAGCCCCUGAAGCCCCCGAAUCACCUGAAUCACCUGAAGCUCCUGGUACAACUGUGCCUCCUAUUGUCGAAGGUGGUGCCAACAAAAUUGGAGCUUCUGCAUUAGGGUUACUCGUUCUUGGUUUCCUUAUUUAG